GUUUUAAUUGUACUUACUCGAAAUAAAGUCAUUAAAUAGUUUUAUUUUGUGAUAUUGUCUUGAUUAGUGUUGGCAAUUGUUCAAUGCGGCUAUAAUGUUCAGGAUGACGACGGUGUUACAACAGACCAAAGAUGCUUUACGGAAAACUCUUAAACAGAAGCUGGCCAACAUGACAGAAGAACAACGUACCUUACAGUCUCAGGAAAUAGCCAGAAAGGUUCUGUCUCUGCCAGAGUAUGCCGGCGGCCGUCGGGUGUGCCUGUAUCUACACAUGAAGGAGGAAGUGCAAACUGUCGCCAUAUUGAGAGAUGCCCUCGCUACCGGCCGCGAGUGCUUCAUACCGCAAUACAUAGGGCCGAAGAUGAAGAUGGUAAAACUCGAGUCCUGGGAGGAUUAUCAACAGCUACCGGAGACCAAGUGGAAAAUCAAACAGCCUGCCGACGACGACAUUAGGCCCGACGCCUUGGAAACAGGCGGUCUCGAUAUCAUCCUGGUUCCCGGUCUCGGCUUUUCACAGACGGGAGAACGGCUGGGGCGUGGCAAGGGUUAUUAUGACACCUACCUGCAAUCCUGCCAACUGAGUGGUUCCCGGCCGUACACCGUGGGACUCGCCUACAGGGAACAAGUCUGUGAUGAUAUACCUACAUCCGAUCAUGACAUGAAAAUUGACAUUGUGAUAUCCCCUGAUAGAUGAAUUGUUUUCUUAUUUAUUAGUUAAUGACUGUCCAAAGUUUUAUCAAAAUAUUUAACAGAAUCAUAUCGCUUCAUCAAGACUGUGAUUUUGGUUGAGCAUUUACAUCCGUGCGGUGCUAAACUAAGUGUUCUUGACAUGUGUAUAUAGGUCUGUCGCAAUAAAUUGCUCAAAAUCAUAAA